AUGUCUCCCUCACACAGUCGCAGUCGCCACUCCAGAAGAGACCACCACCGCCAUCAUGAGGACCGCAACCUAGACGAUCUCAUCCGCAGAUACACCCAAGCAAUCCAGCCGUCGCCCGUCCUCGCUGACAUUCUCAGAAGCUCUCGAGAAUCAUCCCUACUCGUCAGCGCCCUCCGCCGCCAGGUCUCGCUCAUUAAGUGCCGCUCCCCAGACCCCAGGGACAACCAGGUUACUGUCUACGACAGGGCCCUGAUGGAGCUGUCUCGUUCUGGUGACGAUCCGAGACACCUUGGUGCUUUGGAGCUCUAUCUGACGGAGUAUUUGGGGAUUGUUCCGAUUGUGCCGUUCCAACAGGGGAGGGAUGUUGCGAAGGAGUGUGCUGAGGUGGAGGAGGUUUUUGGUAGAGCCCGCGAGACUGAGCCGGACAAAACCGACAACAAGAAAAAGAAAAAAGAAACCAGAACCAGAACUCACCCCAGACCAUCAAUCUCUCCGAUCGAAAGAAGAACAGCCAGUCCCACCAGACCCCACCACCCUAACAGCAACAACAACAACAACAAAACCAUACAUUCCAACAACCCACCCCCCAACGACGAAGUCCAAAACCGCAUCACCCGCCUCCUCUCAACUUACCAAACCGCCAAAGAUGACUACUUCGGAUCCCUGCAGCAAAGCGGCAUGGUUAGCAUGGACGCGGCGCGUUUCCUGCGCGACACGGCGGAGAACACCCUGCGGUAUCUGCGGAGCAAUGGGCUCGCGGAGGAGAAGGUGGGAUUGGUGACGGAGCUGGAGUAUACGUUUGCCGCUGCGAGGGAUAAGGCUACUGCGCUGUCUGGGGGCAGGAAGAGGCAUUUUGAUGAGGCGGAUGGUGGUGGUGGUGGAAGGUGGAGUGGGAGGUCGGGUAGGAAGAGGGGUCGGAGGGUUAUGAUGGAUUCUUAUCGUCCGGAGGGUUGA